GGAUGCCCACAUCCUUCACUGCACCUGCAGUGCUGACCAGGACCCCAGGACUGUACCUGCUGCCCUAGCAGCACACACAUCCUGUCCCCAGCUCUGCUUCACCACAAAGGAAGAAAUGGAGGCAGAGCCAAGCCCUGCACCACCCUGGCACAGCACUCCCGUGAAGCCCAGUGCUACCACGGACAUAGCAGAAAGCAUGGAGAACAGGAGCUGCCACUCUCCUGCUUCCAGCUGCCACAGCUCCUGCAGCUCAGAGCAGGACUGCAGCGCUACCAGCUUUAACAGUGACCUGGGUUCCCUGACCAGCAUGCAGCUGGACUCAGACCUGCUGUCCCUGUCCCCCCCCAGCCUGGACAGCAACAGCAGCUGGAAAGAUGAUGGCCCAGAGGAAAAACCUCCCCACCUCUGCCAGGAAAGAGACCUCCCCCCAAGGCUAAGCCCUGCCCCAACACUUUCCACAACCCCAGAGAAGGCCCAAGGGCCUUUGCUGGAAACAAAUGACUUACUACCUCAAGAACCAACCCAGCAAGUGACCCCAGCCAGGAGUGAUGCUGACAGCAAGGCCUGGCUGGACAAACUGCACAGUUUCAGGAGGAGUGGAGUCCAGCACCUCUUCCUCCAAGGCAUAGCAACCAACCUGGAAACACAGCAGAAACCUGAGCUCAUCCCCAGAGGGAAGCUGAGCAUGGUGCGCACCACCAUGGAGGAGAACUUCCUGGAGGGCACCUUGCAUCUCCUGAAUGAGUUCGUCUCCUGCCAGCACUGUCCCCCCAAAGAUAUCAUCUCCCACCUGAUCAGACAGGUCCUGUUGAAUGCCCAUGAAGAGGAGAUCUUGAAGGACACCUACAUGCUGCUGAUGAAGAUCCAAAUGCUCCAUCCAGCCAACGCUGCCACAGUGGGAUGGGACUGGACGCUGCUGAAAUUCAUCAUGGAGGACCAGGAGAAGCCCCCUGGCCGGCUCCUCUUCCUGCAGUACGUGGUGCAGACCCUGGAGGAUGACUUGCAGAAGAAUCUGAGGUUGCACCUGCUGCAGAAGUCCAUUGCCAAGAAAGUGCUUUCAUGUGAUGUGUGCUUCAACAAUGUCAAGGAAGUGGUCAAAUGGUUGGUCGCAGCAAUCACAGGAGUCGGGUUCUGUCAGCCCCAGGAGCAGCCGCAAGAAACUCCCUCCUCUUCAGCAGAAGCCAGGGCUGAACGCAGCUCAUCUUCACCAAGUCCAGCCAGCACACAGGCUCCAGCAGCUUUCUUUGCCCAAAAGGUGAUGCUCCUGCUCCAGCGGAUGUUGUCCAUCGCAGUGGAAGUGGACAGAUCUCCCACCUGCAGCUCCCGUAGGAUUGCAAAUGAGAUAUUCCCGUUUAUUCUGAAUAUCCCGUUGAGGAGCCAAAGGGAAACGUUAUUAAACACCAUGGAGAGUCAGCUCCUGCGCUGCAGACUGCUAGAGCUGUUGUUCCAGCACAGUUGUGAUGUGCCCUCAACCUCAUCCAUGUCUCUGGAGAAGAUCCUGUAUUUCCUGAGCCACUGCUCUGUGCAGCUGCAUUUCGAGGAUGAAACAGCAACAUGGCAAAGGUGGGAUGAGAUGCUGCAGUACUUGAGUUUGCUGCUGAUGAGUUACCAAAGCGUAAUACGGGAGCACCUGCGGAGCUCCCUCAGUGACCGGAUGGACUUGAUAGUUCAGAAAGCCAAGCCCAGGCUCCAGGAGAGUGACAACAUCACCAACCUGGACAUUCAGCUGAAGAUGGAGGACUUCAUCAGCCGAAUGCAGGAGGUCCUGGGGCAGCCUUUUCCUCCACAAAUCCAGGAGAAAUUGUUCCUGUUGCGAGAUUUGUUCUUCAUUGUUGCUACUGCGUGAUGGAGACAACCACUGCCGUAAGGGGGACAAAGAACUUCAAGUUCCCCAUAAAAAAACCCUCCAAACCCCCAUCUCAUGCUGCAGUUUCAAUGUCAUGGGGGUUGGUUUACAGAGUUCUUUGGAAAAAUGGUUAGUUUACCAAUGGUAAGAAAUGGCCUCAGAAUUUCUGUUCAAAUUUACAUCAUUCUACAGUUUUAUCAGGCACAUUGUACACUUUAAAAAAUAAAUUAUUUUUAUAUUU